AUGUCUCAACCAUCCAGUAUACAUUCUCGAACCUCAAGCACACACUCCACACACUUAGGCUCGUCAAACCCGGCAGACCGGGAGAAGAAGGCGGAGCCUGUCCCCGCCGCCCCUCUCGCAUUUCCAACCACAGGGUUCCCAGAACUGGACCCUUUGGGAGAGUGGGAAGAGGAAACACUUCCGAUGUAUAACCCCAAAGAAUACUAUCCCGCCCGCCUCGGCCAGGUCAUCACACACGACAAAGACCAGUACCAGCUGAUAGCCAAGCUUGGUUUUGGCUCAAGUUCGACUGUUUGGCUUUGUUACAAUCUCCGCACAAAUCAGUACAAGGCGCUCAAGAUUCACAUAAACACUCUCCCAUUCAACCGGGAGCUAGAGAUAUUCGCUGUCCUCAACGGCAAAUCCAAGCAGAAGGACCACCCAGGCUGGGCCCAUCUCCGCAGACUAGACGCCAGUUUUGACAUUCCGGGUGCGCAACCGGGCACCACCCACUCUGUUUUGGUUUUCGAGCCUUUAGGUCUCAGUCUGCGGAAGUUCCAGGAACUGAUGCCGAACGAGAUCCUGGACCACGGGCUAGUCCAGAUAGCCCUUUACGAUGCGCUCCGUGGCCUUAGAUACCUGCACGAGGUCGCCGAGGUCACACAUGCUGGUACCGCGGCUAACCUCGCUCGAAAAGACUUCCACUCGGACAACCUUCUCAUGGAAGUAACCGACCAAUCUAUCUUUCACAAUAUAGCUAAGGAAGAGACAGGGACCAACCCCUCGGCGCGAAAAAGAAAAAACCCCGUCAUCUACCUCUCUCGGGCUAUAAUAUCUGGGGCUGGUAAUGUUAUUCUUUGCGACUUCGGCGUGGCGCGGAAAGGUAAGGAACAUCAGGGCGAGGCGGUGCCCCUGCCGUAUCGGGCACCUGAGGUCAUUCUUGGCAUGAAAUGGGGAUAUGCCGUCGACAUCUGGGCCUCUGCUCUUACGGCCUGGGAUCUUGUCCAGCCGACAAGCCUCUUCAAGCUCUACAACGAGAAAGACAUGGAGCUCAACGCGGCCCACCAUCUGGCUAAUAUGGUUGCGUUGCUGGGUCCACCACCAAAAGAUUUUCUCAAGAAGAGUAGGGCUUGUGAAAAGUACUGGGACAAGGAGGGAAAAUGGCAUCACGCCACAGUCAAGGUCCCAACAGAAAGGACGAUGGAAUCUCUGCAGAGAGUAUUGAAGGGAAACGACGCGGUUCUCUUCUUGAAUUUCAUUCGCAAAGUGCUCUGCUGGCUUCCAGAACAACGUCCGUCCGCGGCAGAUCUGUUGAACGUCCCUUGGAUUCAGGGCGGCAAACUCGUUUGA